CAAUAAUAUGCAAGUUUCAUAGGAUCAGGUUCAGCACUUUUUUAAUGACCACAUCAAACGCGCAGCAAAACAGUCAGGCACAUAUGCAUGGACCUGAAUAUGUAGGGGUCCUUUGGCACGUUGUUACAGGAGGGAGUCUACCGUGCUGUAAUGUUGACUUGACCGUCCAUCGUCCUCUACAUGGACAUGUAAUCUUGUCCCCGUCCCUCACAAGCAAGAUAACUGUUCAAAAUGCCUGAAUUAUUACUGGAAUAGUAGGUCACUUUUAUAAAUUAAGGAAUUUCAGGAUGUCGCUCAAUCGUUGUAUGCUAGCACUUUCUCGCGUGCCUGUCCAGCACAGACUCACGUUACGAGUAGUCCCCACAACUACAUGUGUUCAGAAAUUGACUGUCCCUGUACGGUCACGAGAAAAUGGAUUUUGUGGAAUAUUCCAAGGACGAAGUGUUUCAUCGGGUAACUCGUCCCGUCCACCAGAUACCUCUUUAUUUGUGCCAGUCAGUCCCAGAACUGAAUCGGCUGAAGUUGGGGCAGUGGGGCUUGAACUGUCACAGCCCCUUGAUAAAGGUGAACUUUUAAAGGUUCUGAAUAAGUUCUACAAAAGAAAAGAGAUGCAGAAACUUGCGGCUGAUCAGGGUUUGGAUGCCAGACUCUUCCAUCAGGCCUUCAUCAGUUUUAGGAAGCACGUACUGGAGAACAAUGCACUGAGUGCAGACCUGCAUAUUGUUCUGCACGACAUCUGCUGUGGCGCAGGCCACGUGGAUGAUGUGUACCCGUACUUCAUGAGGCAUGCGAAGCAGAUAUUUCCCAUGUUGGACUGUAUGGAAGACUUGCGCAAGAUUAGUGAUCUGCGUGUUCCCGCCAACUGGUACCCAGAAGCGAGAGCUAUUCAGAGGAAGUUGAUCUUUCACGCCGGACCAACAAACAGCGGGAAGACCUAUCAUGCCAUCCAGCGAUACUUGAAAGCCAAGUCAGGUGUCUACUGUGGACCCUUAAAAUUGCUCGCACAUGAGAUAUUUGAGAAGAGCAAUGAAGCGGGUGUGCUUUGUGACCUGGUGACGGGGGAGGAGCGCACCUUUGUAGACCCUGAAGGCCGGCAGUCGGGCCAUGUGGCGUGCACCAUUGAAAUGUGCAGCGUCAACACUCCCUAUGAAGUAGCGGUGAUUGAUGAAAUCCAGAUGAUCAGAGAUCCCAGUAGAGGAUGGGCCUGGACCAGAGCUCUCUUGGGGUUGUGUGCUGAAGAGAUCCAUGUUUGUGGAGAGCCUGCAGCCAUCGAAUUCAUCAAGGAGCUCAUGUACACAACUGGGGAGGAGGUGGAGGUUAACCACUAUAAAAGGCUGACGCCAUUCUCCAUCCUGAAUCACGCGGUGGAGUCUCUGGACAACCUGAAGCCGGGAGACUGCAUCGUGUGCUUCAGCAAGAACGACAUCUACUCCAUCAGCCGUCAGAUAGAGCUGAAGGGCCAGGAGUGUGCCGUCAUCUACGGGAGCCUGCCGCCCGGUACAAAGUUAGCUCAAGCCAAGAAGUUCAAUGACCCAGAGGAUCCCUGUAAAAUCCUGGUUGCUACGGACGCCAUUGGCAUGGGAUUAAAUCUGAGCAUCAGGCGCAUCAUCUUCAACUCGCUGGUGAAGCCGGUGGUGAACGAGAAGGGCGAGAAGGAGAUGGACACCAUCUCCACGUCCUCAGCGCUGCAGAUUGCAGGCCGCGCCGGACGCUACAGCUCCAUCUUCAAGGAGGGAGAGGUGACCACCAUGCACAGAGACGACCUGCCCAUCCUCAAAGACAUCCUCAGCCGCAACGUCGACCCCAUAGAGACGGCAGGCCUGCAUCCCACUGCGGAGCAGAUUGAGAUGUUUGCAUAUCACCUCCCAGAUGCUUCUCUCUCCAACCUGAUUGAUAUAUUUGUAAGCUUUUCCCAAGUGGACGGCCUGUAUUUUGUCUGCAACAUCGACGACUUCAAGUUUCUAGCCGACAUGAUCCAGCACAUUCCGCUAAACCUGCGCGUUCGCUACGUCUUCUGCACCGCGCCCAUCAACAAGAAGCAACCCUUCCUCUGCACGUCCUUCCUCAAGUUCGCCAGGCAGUUUAGUCGUGACGAGCCGUUGACCUUUGACUGGGUGUGUCGCCACGUGAGCUGGCCGCUGGCGAUGCCCAAAAACAUCAAGGACCUGGUGCACCUGGAGGCCGUGCACGACGUCCUGGACCUCUACCUGUGGCUCAGCUACCGCUUCAUGGACAUGUUCCCGGACGCCAACCUGGUGCGUGAGAUCCAGAAAGAGCUGGACGUCAUCAUCCAGGAGGGGGUGCGCAGCAUCACCCGCCUCAUACGCGCCUCCGACGCCCACGCCGUGGGGGGCACAGCCAUGUCAAAGGCCAACACUGCGACCGGCUCCAGGGCACCCCGCGGAGCCAAGGCCCUGGGCCAGAGAGGAGGUACCGUGCCUGGGUUUGGGGGCGGCAAUAGCUCCCUGGGCUCCAAGCUGGUUCAGGACGGACUGCUGACUCCACAGCUCUUAGAACAGCUGCAGAGGGAGUGGGCUACCAAGCUGAACAGAGACGAAGGGGGAGGAGGAGGAGGAGGAGGGGGAGGGGGGCCUGGUAAGGCUGGAGGCAAAAGCAAAACGCAAAGCAAAACAACUGUGAAGAAGAAGAAGAAAUGAUGUGAUUGUCAGAGCUGACUUUCUGGUGAACAAUUAAAAGUUGGAGGAGACCUCCAAAUGUGAACACUUCUGCAAGUAUGAAGAAGAUGGGCGGGGCGGGCGAGAGGACUUUGGCUGUAAAGACUUGUCAGAGGUCACAUGCUUCUGUUGAACACUUUGUAUAUGUGUGGGCAGUAUGAUGCUUUAUAUAUGUGUGUGAAUGUAUGUAUGUAUGUGUAUGUAUGUGUAUAUCUAAGGGAAUGCCUCUAAUAUUUUUAGAGGCAUUGGUAAGAUGCUAUGGUAUUAAGUCCAUACACAAAAUAAAUGACCAUACAGGAU